GUGUAAGCGUGCGGCAGUUGCGUUUUCCGUCAGAGCGCAACUGCGGCACACUUUUCUCAAUCAAUUGUCAGGAGAUUUUGGCUUGUUCCAACGCACCACUUUUGUUUUGGCUGUAUUUUCAGAUUCUCAACAUUUUUUCUGCUUUUUUAAUAAAGGAAAACUUUAACCAUGUCGAAACGUAAUCAAAAAGGCGUAUCUACGGAAGAUGCCGUAAAAAUGACGAAGGAGCAAGAAGACAUUGCCAAAUACAUCAGAUUCAAUUGUCCGACAGCCACGACCAUGUUUGAAGGAAACGAAGUUCAUUAUUUCAGUGGAAAUAAAGCUGUCGAUACUCUUUGGGAAUCCAAGUACGGAAAUAAAGCAAAGAAAGAUGCAAUGUUUAAAACAAGAGAUGAUUGCUUCCAUUAUAUUUGCGAACUCAACUCGAAACAAUUAUUCUUCCGUGCAAAAAAAUUAGUAGCAAAGAAAAAAGAGAAUAAAGAUAAAGGAAACGAUUCUUCUGCUGAAGUUACCAAAUCUCCAAAAGGUGUAGUUGAAAAGAGAAAUAAAAAAGCCAAAGAAGAAGAAACAGCAACCGAAGCUGAAGGUGAUGAGAAAGAAGUGAAAAAAGACGAAAAGAAAGACGAAGAAAAAAAGAAAAAGAAGGUGAAGCUUCUUGUACAUGAAGUUCAAGCAUUCGUCGAUGACAAAGAUGUCUACGUUUGGGUAUUCGAUCCAACUCCUCUCAUGAAAAAGAUUAUUGGAGUACUUAUGCUCGUCGGUACAAUUGUCGGAUGCUUGUUCCCUCUAUGGCCUGUAUGGCUUCGCCAAGGAGUUUAUUACGUAUCAAUUACUGGAAUUGGAUGUUUUGCAGCUAUCAUUGUCACUGCUAUACUCCGUACUAUUCUUUUCGGAAUUAUCUACGCUGUUACUUUCGGAAAACACAAACUCUGGGUUCUGCCGAACUUGACUGAAGACUGUGGAGUUCUUGAAUCAUUCCAACCAUGGUAUACUUAUGAGUAUGUUGGUGAUGAGAAGAAAGAAGCUAAGAAAGAUAAGAAAGAUAAAAAGUCGAAAAAAGAAAAGGAUUCUGAUGCAGAAGAGGAGGAGCAAGACCACAUUGCUGCUGAACAGGAGCAAAAAGAGGAAGAAGACGAUGAUGCUGAAAAAAAUAGUCAGGCAUCAACUGAUGAUAAUUAUGAAAAAAUUGAAGACGAGGAAAUCUCUGCUCCACCAUCACCAAGUGACGAUGCUCCUCGAAAACGUCGUCCAGCUAAAGUCUAGAAAUUUAGUUUAUCCUGAAAUUUUUCCAUUCCACAUUUCUGCAUUUAUGAAAACUUGUCCUGAAAAUCUAUUGCAUUACCCUCAUCCUGUCGGUUUCGUCACAUUUUAAAUACUAUUUUUCGUCCCAUUCUUCCAUACUGUGAUUACCCUCUUGGCUAGUUUCUUCUUUCUCAGUCACUCUUCAUUGUUCUUGCAUAACUAAAAUCUGAAUGUUUCCGUUUCGGUCCACUAUUGGACAUAUAAUAAAUUGGUCUAUACAAAAGUC